AUGAGCAUAUCUCCCCCGUCAGGAAACCAUCAUCGGCGGCGGAGCUCUGUGCUCACGGGCGCUGGCCCAUCACAACCGCCCGCACUCGAGCAGAGGGAGGACAUUGGUCACAAAAGAGAAGAACCAAAACCGUCGGCUGCGGACGAUGCGGAUGUAUCAGAUCUCUCCUCUAUCGCGGAGAGCGAGGAAGGCCGUUAUAUGAGCUCCGAUGAUGAUUUUCCCGACGACGAAGAAACCGGCCUUACUGCGAACCAGAGGCGUCAGCGACGCCGACGAAGGAAGCAGCGCCGGCAAUUGGACGCUCGCAUAGCAGAUGUAAAAGCCUCGCGAUAUGACCCGUUCUCUUUCAGCACAGCAGAUCAGACUGUCAUCCGCAGACUGGCUGGCAACGCCGGGUUGAUUUUGUUAUGGUACUUCUUCUCGCUGGCGAUAUCAAUUUACAAUAAAUGGAUGUUUUCUCGAGAUGAUAACGAUAACGAAGUCUUCCCAUUCCCUCUUUUUACGACCAGCUUACAUAUGGCGGUCCAAUUUACGCUUUCUUCCCUUCUUUUAUACUUCAUUCCUUCUCUACGGCCCCAACAACCACCAUCUGUAUCUGGAUCUCCCGACCGACUAAGUUUAUCGGAGCCCAGACCGAUCCUCACAAAGUUCUUCUACUUCACUCGCCUCGUCCCUUGCGGCACAGCAACGUCCCUCGACAUCGGGCUCGGCAACAUGUCUCUCAAAUUCAUUACCCUUACCUUUCUCACGAUGUGUAAAUCAUCCGCUCUCGCCUUCGUUCUCUUGUUUGCAUUCGUCUUCCGUCUCGAAACUCCGUCCGUCAAACUGAUAGCUAUCAUCGCCACAAUGACCGUCGGAGUUGUAAUGAUGGUAGCUGGGGAAACGGCUUUCAAUGCUGUUGGCUUCGUCUUGAUCAUCGCCUCCGCCUUCUUUUCCGGUUUCCGAUGGGGAUUGACGCAAAUACUUCUAUUACGGCACCCGGCGACGGCGAAUCCGUUCUCGACCCUUUUCUUUCUUACCCCCGUCAUGUUCGUUUCUCUUAUCAUUAUCGCGCUCGCGGUCGAGGGACCGACGGAGAUUGUCGUCGGUCUGACUGCUCUCGCUGAUGCCCACGGGUUUGGCUGGGGUAUCUUACUACUCAUUUUUCCAGGUGUGCUGGCUUUCUGCAUGAUUUCGUCCGAAUUUGCGCUCCUUCAGCGCUCCUCGGUCGUCACCUUAAGUAUCUGCGGUAUAUUUAAGGAGGUCGUCACAAUCACUGCAGCAGGGGUAGUGUUCCACGAUAAGCUUACGGCCGUCAACAUCACCGGUCUAGUCGUCACAAUCGGCAGUAUUGCCACUUAUAACUAUAUGAAAAUCUCCAAAAUGCGGUCGGAAGCGAAAAACAACAACUGGGAGUCUAGUCCCACUUCCGACUCAGAGUAUGACUCGACUCCAAGACGUCAAGGGGAUUAUCAGCGGAUUGCCAAUCCGGAGACCUCCGAAUUGCAUCAACCAGGUUUAUGUAUGAACGAGGACAUCAACACUGAUUCAACCCAAGAUGUGGCUGCUGGGCGCUCUUUUCCCGCGUUGAGCGCUGGGAGAAGCAGCAAUGUUCACGGUCUCACAAUCAGCACAUCGAAUCUCAGUGAUCACGGCCGCGGUUCGUCACAUUCGCCGCUCGUACCAGGUCCGUCUCCUCUAAAAUCAGCGCCGCCAAUCAUCAUCUCCAUGGAAGAUGAAGUUCAGAGAACGGUUGGAAGGACCCUGAGCCCGAAUGAAAACGCUCAGCCAUCCUCAGGACGAGGAUCCCCAGCGAGCCGGUAA